ACUUCCCUUUUUCAAGUCAGAAAAAAUUCAAUUGCGGAGCUACAGAUACAUGUACGAUGUGUUGCUUUCAUACAUGGUUAAUUGUACCUGUUCUUUUCAGUGUUUCCCUCUGCCAUACAGAAUUAUCCUGCAGGAAUGAGGAUGGGAAACCUGUUGAUUGGUGAGUGGGAUUGAGAAUCAUUUGUUUUAUUUUGUUCAGUAAUCCUUCACUGUUUUUGCUUCAGUAACGCAUGUAUCUACAUGAGAAUAUGAGACAUAGCAACGGAAAGAAGCAGUAUACACAACUUGAGUAUAUUCUAUCUUGGACCAGGUUUGCUUCACUGUAUCAUAAAAAAACAAACCCAUGAAGCCACCUUAUUAAAUCAAUUCAAUCUUUGUAUUGGCCAAACAUUUGAGAAAAUUGUUCAGAUUUGCAGCUGAGCAACCAGCUUUAGAAUGAUAUUAAUGUCCAAUGAAUAGAUUAUAUGUAUCAUGUAGGUAGAGAAGAAUAAUAUUUAUAAAGAGAGGGGGAUAAGGCCCAGUUUUUAUGUUGAAUGUGCUGACAGCUCAUGUGUUGCCUUUGUGCAGUGCCUGCUUUUUGGUGUGGACAAAUUAAUAAUCAUUUUAGGCGUUCAGGAAGUUUAGGCGAAACCAAGAAGAAGUCUGCUGUGUGCCCGCACCCCUGAUUGUAUGAGAACCCGUUUCGUGCCCGACCCCUGCCUGUCUGACAACCCGAAGGAAAGCUCAGCCCUGGACCUUAUGAGAACCCGUGUCCCUGUACCGACCCCUGGCAUCAGACAACGAUGAUUCUCUUGCAUUGCGGACUUGCUGACGCUGACACAAAACUCUACCUCUUCCCCCUACCAUACAGCAAUUAACUUGCGCUUCAACUUGAAUUGUGCUGGUGUGGACAUUGUAUUUAGGCACAUGACUACUCCUACCACCAAGGAGUUUGUCACAGUUCAUCAUGUACAAGUUACCCAAAUAUAAAAUUGAUGAUGUUGGAAAUGGACUUGAAUACAUGUACUUGGACUCCUCAGAGGAGGACUGGCAGCUGAGCAAGUUUCUGGUCAAUACCAGUCAGGGAGCCCUUGGCAGUACACUGAAACCGCUGUACACAGGAAGGUCCAACAGUUCAGCCUAUGUGUUAUACAAUGAUGCUCCUCCCUUGCUGAAUUAUUCAAUGGAACAUGGACAUACAAAAGGAGCUCUACACUUUGACCAGUCUCAAGGGUUCUGGCUCAUCCACAGUAUCCCCCACUUCCCACCGUUUCCAGAAAGGGGCUACUCCUGGCCUCCCUCUGGCAAAAAGUAUGGCCAAACUGUGUUUUGUGUCACCUAUAAAUACGUACAGUUCCAUGAAAUAGCCCAGCAGCUCUUAUACUAUAAUCCCAAUGUGUACAACUGCUCCUUGCCUGCGGUAUUCCAGAAAGAAAUGUCAAGUUUGGCCCUCCUUUGUAAUCGCUCCAAGCUGCCAUGGGUCUCGAGGAGACUGAGGAGUCUGAUUUCGGCAAAAGGAGAGCACUUCCUUAGUUUUGCAAAAUCAAAAUUCUACAUUGAUGACAUAUACACUGGAUGGGUGGCUCAGACCUUGAAAACUGAUCUGUUGGCAGAAACCUGGCAGCACAGCGAUCAUCCGUUGCCUUCCAACUGUUCUCUCCCCUAUCAUGUAAUGAACAUCAGGAUGAUCCAAUUGAAAAGGUCAAUUCAGUUCAAAUCAUCUUCUGAUCAUUCAAAGUGGUGCGUGUCAAGGAUCCGGAACGACCACUGGACAUGUCUGGGGGAUCUGAACCGGGCAUAUGCGCAAAUCUGGAGGAGUGGGGGUCUAGUUUGUUCCCAGAAUCCAAUCAUCUAUCAAGCUUUCCGCCAGGCUGUAGCCUGGUACAUGAGCUGCUGAGACAAACAGGAGCAUUAAAUCAUCCUUACUCUUCCAUAUUUGUACCAUUAAUUGUUCUUUUCUUUAGCCAAGCUAAGAAACUAUGGCACUUAAAUAUUUCAGCAGGCUAUCAGUAAAAAUAACAUUUGAUGUUGCCUCUGAAGUCAACCAUUUGGAGUUGGUAGCAAGACAGUUUGUUAGUAGCUUUCAAAGUGAUCCAUUACAAGCUAGUUAGCUAAAGGUUUUGGCUUCCUUGAUGUCUUUUAUAUCACAUAGCUUCCAAAAUCACUAAAGAUUUAUACCUGGUUAGCCCUGGUUAGCUUCAUCAGAGAGUAAUCAUCAAGUCAGUUAACCUGUGAAACAAUAUACACAGGUUAAGCGCUCCCUUUUGACCCUCAAUUUUUUUUAUUGCUAAUACUUUUCGUACCUAUAAUCUACCCAUAUUUAGCUAUUUAUGUUUUGAUUAUUCAUUUUUCUAUUUUGGAUUCAACAAAUUGUUUCAAUAAAUGUAGAUGAAAAUGUUUUUUGUUAUUUUUAAUACAUUUGACUAAACCACCAGUGUGUGAAUGGGUGAAUGAGAAGCAUCAAUUGUUCAGUGCUUUGGAUAAAGGCACUAUAUAAAUGCCAACCGCUUGCCAUUUAUUUUUCUGAGGAACAUGGAAAUACAGUGAAUUCCUAAAUAAAUGCAUGCAAAAUUAUACUUUUAAAA